AUGAUGUUCCGCUGUCAGACCAUCGUCACUUUCGUUCUCGUCCUCUGGGCUUGUGCGGUCCAAGGAAACCCGGACUAUGUCCGACGGGCCUGGCGUCAUGACCGCAAUCUGUAUUUCCGGGCAACAAACUCGACUUCCAGCUCAGUCUCGAGCUCCAAGUCCGGGACGAGCCCUUCGGCAUCGGAGUCGUCUUCAAGCACUUCUCAUGUCACCCCCCCUCUCAGUACGGGGGCAAGCAUUCCUCCCGUUACUCCGCCUCUCAGUACGGGGCCAAGCACUCCUCACGUUACUCCUCCUCUCAGUACGGGGGUACCGGGGCCGUCUAUGACCACCACUACCAUCACGACCUGCACCAAGACCACUGUCUGCAAGCCGGGUGAACUGGAUACCAUCACUACUACUGUGCCCUGCUCCACCACCCCUCCAGCUAUUACCACUCCUCCUUAUGGAAACACUUCCUGGACUACUACUACUAUCGUCACCUGUACUAAGAAGUCCUGCAAGCCGGGUGAAUUGGACACCAUCACCACUGAGGUCCCAUGCUCGACCACCCCGGCCACAACUAUUACCACUCCUCCUUAUGGAAAUACCUCUUGGACCACUACUACUAUUGUUACUUGCACCAAGGAGACUUGCAAACCUGGCGAGCUAGCCACCAUCACCACUGAAGUGCCUUGCUCAACUACCCCGGCUGCAGCCCUCACCACACCCCCGUACGAGGAGACACCUCUUGGACUACUACCACUAUCGUUACCUGCACCAAGGAGUCCUGCCAGCCCGGAGAGCUCAGUACUAUUACCACGAAGGUGCCCCACCCGACUACCCCGGUCCCAACCGUCAGUGCACCUCCUUAUGGAAACAGCUCCUGGACUACUACCACCAUUGUCACUUGUACCAAGGAGUCCUGCCAGCCCGGAGAGUUGGAAACCAUCACCACGGCGGUACCCCAUCCAAACCACCCGAGUCCCACCCGCCCACAUCACCACUCCUCCCGGCCCCAGCGUGACCUGGGAGACCACGGCCAUUACGACCUGCGCCAAGGAGACCUGCCAGCCCGGCGAGGCGUCCACCCUCACUACCUCCGUGCCGUUCAUCACCACCUGCUUCAAGGAAAGCUGUCAACCCAGCGAAGUCGCUACCAUCACCUUCAACCCGCCGGAGACGACUUCGACCCCUACGACCAUCACCACCUGUCUCGGGGCGAUGUGCAACCCCAGCGAACUGGUCACGAUCACGACUGAGUUGCCGCACCCGGUUACAGAAACUGUCUGGCAGACCGAGUACCAGUGUGCCACCGGUGCGCACCAGACUCUGGGGGUUGUCGAGACUAUGUGGACUACGGAGAUUGAGUGGGUGACCGAGUACGCCACCGUGUCUACUUGUUAG